UAAAUGCUCUUCAAAAUGGCGGCCGUUGUGGAGAAGGUAAAAACCAAAAGGCUAUUUCUUUCUGUGUACAGCCUUUUCAGAAGUCGCCAUUUUUCCACUUUUAGUUUCGCGCAUGAGCUCUCAGUAUGUUGCCGAAGGUCAUCUCCGUGCGUAAACCUUUUUUCCCGACGAAGUACACGUAUCUGGUCUUUUUCCCGACAAGAUGACUUGACGAAAGCCCUUUCGGACGCAGAGAAAAUAGUCGGUUAUCCCACCUCCUUCUUGAAUUUACGCUAUCUGCUAAGUGAUGAGAUCUCAAACAUCGCCAUGUACAUGAAAAGGUUCGCCAUGAGCAAACAUCCAUUGCUGAGGACUGCACGAGGCUUUGUCACUGAUGAAAAUCAAACCAUACAGACUAGAGGACUUCUAGUUCUGCUGAUUUCCAAAGCGUCUAGGCCAUGUUUAAACAACGAUCAUUACAUCACAGAUCAGGAACUGGUAGCUGAUAUUUAUUCAAGCCAAAGACAGCUUGCGGACAUUACAGAAACCAUACAUACAGGUAAAAAUCUUAAUAUAUUAUUUUAUUUCACGUUCAUGACACGCUGUUCAUGAUCUUGCUAUUGAUUUUCACCAACAAGUACAUUACCGUAACAUGUACACUGGACAUAUAUAUGCUUUGAAAUUGUAUGCCUGCCAACUUUUUCUGAAAUAUAAGCGUGAGAUUUUUAUCCUGGGAGUGCUGGGAUUUUUGAAGAUGACACGAUCAUUUCCAAAGAUUCCCGAAGAAGUCCGAAGUCUUCCGAAGACGUCCGAAGUCUGCCGAAGGCGAAGUUAUCAAGUCCCAGUCUUAGGACGCGUAUAAAUGCGAGCUCACUCCCUGUGCUUUUCACUUCAAAAAACUCAGAGAUCGUGAGGAAGGUAUUGUCAUUCAUUCAUUUUACACAUGGUUUUCAUUCCUUACAUGGGUCUGAGUUAACAUAUUUUUGGAAAUUGUGUCAAGCAAGACGGCAACAACUCACAUUUUUCAAUCAGGCGUGAGAAAUUGGCCCGCAAGCGUGAGCCGGCAUGAGAUCGGAGUGUUCAACUGGCAGGCGUGAGACUCACGCCUAAGGCGUGAGAGUUGGCAGGUAUAGAAUUGGGACUGUUUGUCAGUGACAAAGCAAAUAAAUAUCUACGGAGGAACCUCGAUAUAAUGAACCUCAGUCUAUAUAUUAAAUGAAGUCCUCGGUAUAACAGACGAUUUUCUUUACCCCAAUAACAGUAAAAUAUAUGAAACAGUGCCCCGAUAUAAUGAAACCUAGUUAUAGGAAACAUAUUUUGCCAGUCCCCAUCGAGGUUCCUCUGAACUAGAAAUUUUCUGAAAUGGAGUAUCAUUUCAGUAUAUAGUCGACUCUCUCUUAACGGACACCCCUGUAAGACGGACACCUCGGUAAAACAGACACCUAAAGUUGGUCCCUGCCUUUCUUUACUCCCUCUUUUUUGGGAUGGACAUCUCUCUAGGUGAACACCUAGUGCCUGCCCCAAAGGUGUCAGCCUAAGGCCCUGUUUACAAGGAGGUAGGGUAACCCUUGUGCUAGGGUUACCCUAGCACAAGGGUUACCCUAGCAGUCUCACAUUUCUUCUUUUUUACAUGACGUGUUUACAAGGCAGGGUAACCCUACCUAAGUGCUAGGGUUACCCUAGCAAGAGGGUUACCCUACGUGCCUUGUAAAUGCUCUGCUAGGGAUAACUCACCUACCCUGGACAGCUUUCCUCAGUCAUGCAUGACCACUAAUCUUGACAAUUUCAACAGAGUUAUCCAAUUUCUGAGCUAAAUUAUCUGAACAAUAUAAGGUUUUUUUAGUACAUGAUGAUAAUAUUUUCCCUUUUUUUUUUUCUUUUUUGUUAAUUUAAUAUGUUUUCCAUAGAGAACUUCAAGUUUUAUUUCAAAUCUUGGACGUUACAAAGAAUGUUACACGUGACGAAACACAUCAGUAAAGCUGGUUUAAGUUGACCCGAGUGAUAGGGUAGCCCUACCUGUGAAAUUUGUUUGUAAACAAGAGAUAACUUUAACCUGUUUGCUAGGGUUAACGCUAGCACAAGGUUAACCCUCUUUCCUUGUAAACAGGCCCUAAAAGAGAGUUGACUGUAGAUGGAUUGUCAGUCUAGGGAUCUCUGGACAAACUUGGGAAGAAUUACUUCAAUUGGCUUGUCUGUUCACAAAAUACCGUAAAAUUCCAAAAAUACGCCCCUCCAUGUAUAAGCCCCUCCAAAUAUAAGCCCCCUGAAACCGGUAACAGAAAAAACCCUCCGUUAAAUCACCCCUCCAAAUAUAAGCCCCCCAGCGGCUUGUACUUGGAAAAUUUCCCUAAAAUACAAAGUAAAACAAAGCAAAAACGGUAAAUUUACUUCCAACUACAAGGCUAGCCCAAUCAAUUUUGAAACGCAAGUUUCCCUCUAUAGGUAAGCCCCUCCGAAUAUAAGCCCCUCCAAAAAUAAGCCUCUCAAAAGGGGCCUUUGAAAAAUAUAAGCCCCGGGGCUUAUGUUCGGAAUUUUACGGUAUACAUGUAUAGACGUACUCUAAGAGGUACAUUAUUUGACCUUGGUGGAAGGAGGAGGGGGUGGGUACUCCCUUAUAUAACCCAUAUAUGUAUGUACUGUCCCAAUGGGUAUGGUUUUUGUGCUGUUUUGGUCUGAAAACAGGUAUACACUGUAGACUUUGCCCAUUUUGGUCUGGAAUUGGAUUUGGCUCACAAGGGAACUAUGGGAAUGUAUGAUCGUACUUGUCAUUUCAAUUCCAAAUUAAAGAGAAAGAAAGAGUAAUUUGCGAAUUCAAAAUGGAUGGGACAAGACAAGACAAGAUAUUUAUUAUCUUAUUACUGCUUACAAUUUCUUAACAUGCAGACUCUACCCAAAAUGCUAGUCAUUGCAUGCCAAAUUAAUAUUUUUCUAUUAAAACCAGAUAUCACCUGAUAAUAAGUUAAAAACAAAGGGAAAAGAAAAGAAAGACCAUUAGAAAAUAAUGUCAAAAGCAAGAAAUACAAAUCUGUGCAAGUUGUGAAGAAGCUAAGGUUUAGGAUCUCACGAUUGUAUUUCUCACGUUAUCAUGGUUGCAUCAAAGUUAUCAUCUUUGUCUUUUAAUAUUUCAAAGAGCACGCUGAUUAUUUUCAUUUUAAUGUUUUUCUUUUUACAUACAUGUAUCUAUCAUUCCAUGUGGUAUCUUAUUCCAUAAUUUAGCACCAAAAAUGGGGAUGGCUUGUCUUAGUUUUUCGAGAUUAAAUUUUUUGAUUUGGAGAAAAAGCAGAUAGCAAGGCACGAGGUUCACUAUCCGAUUAAAAUCCAUCAUGAUUAUAUUUGGCUUGUUUGCGAAACAUGUACAACAAUUCUAUUGUCUGACCCAGAGAAAUUGCUGACGACCCCGCGUCUCUUGUCGAUUGUAUGGAAACUACCAGUCGUCCAUGUCAUCCAGAUUGUCUAGAAAUGUUUUGAAACCAGGCUUUACAAGGAUCAAUUUAUUGCAUGCAAUUUCUAAGUUACGAUAUGUGUAAAUUAGUGCCAUGUUGUCAUCAAAAGUUCUUCAUACGUAUACUCUUACAUGACUGUAGUAACACAGUCCAUAGAGCAAUCAUAGAGUUCAGACCAUUAGUGAAGUGGUCACUUGCAAGAGGUUAAAGACAAUGUAUAAUUAUUAAACCAUCAGCCCCGAAAAAUGGUUGCGGUUGCUUACAGGAUGUUGUCGCUUAUGAGAGGUUCCAACUGUAAGGCUUUGAUGGGGUAUACUUUGGUCUGUUGGAUAGGUGGUUGCUUAUGGGAGGUGCUUACUUAUGAGAAGUAAUCGCACAUGGAGGUUCAACUGUAUUUACUUUAAUAACUGUCUCUUUUGCAUUUUAUUUCAGCUAAUUUGGUUCACACUGGUAUAGUUGAUAUGUCUAGCAUUGAGUCAAGCAGUAAAUCUUAUCAGGAUGACAUGGAAUUUGGCAACAGGAUGGCAGUACUGAGUGGCGACUUUCUUCUAGCUAAUGCCUGUACUGGCUUGGCAGAACUUAAAAAUACUGAAGUGGUUUGCAUGAUUUCUGAAGUAAUUGGACAUCUUAUGGAAGGUGAAUUCUUAAAAAUGGCAUUUAGUGGUCAAAACUUGAACUUGGAUUUUUGGAAUGAGCUGGUCUUCAAAUGUAAAGGAAGUUUAAUGGCAAACAGUUGUAAAGCUGCUCUUAAGAUUGUUUCACAUUCAUCUGAGGUAAGGGCUACUCUAACUACAAUGUAGUUAUUACAGUCAAGCCAGAUCAAGCAAACCCCCAUACAAGCCCUAGCAUUUCAUGGUUAUGAGUGUUUCUGGUACUGGAAAUUGAAAGAUAGUUUGCCAGUGACAUUUUCAGCCUUACAGUGUGUAAGGAUCAAUUUACAGGAAUUCACCAUUUUCCCGCUCAGAUUCUUCUCUAGUAGAGCAAUUUUACAGUUAUAAUAAUAUUUUCCCGUUUUUUUUUCCGUUAAUUUAACGUGUUUUGCAUUGAGAACUUCAAGUUUUAUUUCAAAUCUUGGAUGUUACAAAGAAUGUCAUACAUGACAAAACACAUCAGUAAAGCUGGUAAAGUUGACCCGGGUGAUAGGGUAGCCCUACCUGUGAAAUUUGCUUGUAAACCAGAGGUACAGCUGUAACUUUAACCCGUUUGCUAGGGUAACCGUAGGACAAGGUUAACCCUCUUUCCUUGUAAACAGGCCCUAAAAGUAAUUGAAGUAAUGAUAAUAAUUAUGACUCGGCUUUUAUAGGAAACUAAAUGUUGUUAAGCAUCUAUCAGUUUUCUGUCAUCCACGUUCUUGAAUCAUCCGUAAAGUGCAUUGCACGUUACUGGUUCAUGGCUUCCAGUGUCCAAAAAAGUAAUAAUUAUAUGGAGGUGAGUUUCCAUGAAUUUUCAUCUAACCAAAAAUUGUUACAAAUGGUUUCCUAUGAUCUCUGGCCACGGAACCAUAAAAUUGUUGUCCAUGGGAUUUGAAAUCCUAUGGCUUGCCAUAGACUGAAUCAGUGAAUUGAAUACUAAUGACCUAUGAACAUGUUAUUCUUGGCAACUGUUUCAUGCAUAAUGACUACAGCUUCUCAGUAUUCCAUCAGAUUGUAAAAUAUUGGAAUAGAUAAGAUUUCUUUAAAGCCAUGUCAUUUAAAUUCAGGAAAACUGAGCUGGCAGGAAUUACUUUGCUACCUCACAUGUGAAUUCAUUACUCAAUUCACAUGAAGGAAUGUAGAGAUGAAUGUGAAAUCUACCAAAGGUACAGCUGCUUCAUUGUACUAUUACAGAGAUUCGUCUUCAAAUAAUUAAUUAUUCCCUUGCCAAAUUUCUUUUAGCUUCAGAACAAAGCUUUUGAGUUUGGCAAGAACCUUGCUUAUGCUCACCAGCUGAAGGAGGACCUGCAUUCUCUUUUUGAACAUAAAUCGCCCACUGUGUUGUACAGUGCCCCAGUGAUUCUGGCCAGUGGACAAACUGAAGUGAGAAAACUGGUUAACCGUAUCUUUGUGGAGAAAAACUCAGAGAAACUUGGUGCAUUCCAGGAGGAGUUAAGAGACUUAGUCACCAGCAACCAGUCAGUCAAAGAGAUGGAAGAACUAUGUUCAUUUUAUGCAAACAAAGCUCUGGAGUCCUUAGAUCCAUUUCCAGAUUCUGAAGCUAAGCAGGCAUUAGUAAAUAUUACCAAAUUUUCUGCUGUAUAAAAUAUAAAAAUACUAGAUUUUCAACCGCUCUUCUCCAGACUAUUAGGGCGAGAAGAACUAUGAUCCCUGUGACAGUGAUUUUGUUUAAAACACUUUAUGGUGAAACCUGGGACUCAUCUUGGGAAAAAUCAUGAGUCCCAGUCCAGAACCAAUGAGUUCCAGUGUAACCAGAUGACAGACUCCAGAACUCUUUAUUAUGGUAUACUGAAAUUAAAAUAUAGUCCCUGGGUGGGGUGGUGGGGGUACUGCCAUAUAUGGGCUAUAUAGGUAUGUGCCGCUGUGAAGGGUAUGGUUUUCAAGUAGUUUACUGUGGGAUAGGGUAUAUAAAUCAGAGAGUUUGGGUCUAGAACAGGGUAUCAUUUACCAGGAAACUGAUCAAUUGGUUGAAGAUUUUAGUCUAGACUAGGGAAACCGUUCUGGUAAUUGCCACUCAAAAAUAUGAAAAAAUCAAAUCGGUUUUGAUUUGGCUGGACUGUGUUUGUGACCUCAAUAGUUUCUGGAAAACAGCUACUCUGGAAUAGGGGGGAUUUUGGGAGUUUAGUCUAGUAUAGGGUAACAAACUUCACUUCAACUAGCUCUGGUAAAGGCUAAGGGUUCUAGGG